AUGACAAUUAUAGAAGAAGAACUCAAACGAGCGAAAAAAUGGAAAUCCGAACUUGACACAACGAAGAAGUCCCGCGACGCCGAUGACUUCAGGAAGCUACAAAAAAGAUACCGAACUUUAAUAAGAAAGCAAGAUGGAUUACUACGGAUUGGGCUGUACUUGCUCUUGAAUUUAUCAGAAAACCCAGAUGUCCAAUUCAAAAUGCGGAUAAAGGGCAUCAUCAAAACGCUUGUGGAAGUGAUCAUCACCCGGCAAGCCGAGCCAGUCUUGAUCUUGGCUCUUUCGAUGCUACAAAGAAUGAGCGUUUUCAAGGAAAACAAGGACGAAAUGAAGAAACAAAAAGUAGCGGGAGCCGUUUUGCCGAUUGUCAGUGAUCCGAAAGCGAAUGACACGCUUAACCUAACACUCAGACUAUUGAUGAAUCUAUCGUUUGAUAAGGUGAUAAGGGCGCAGAUUGCUGCCUCUCAUCUAAUACCACCGAUAGCAAAACUAGCUUCCGCAAUAGAAACAACUCCGCAAAGACAAGUCGCAAGAUGUCUUUUAUACCAAAUCUCCAAGGACGAAAAGCCAAGAAAUCAACUUUCAUACACUGAUGCGUUUCCUCUCUUAGUGACCCAGGUUCUAAACGAUCGCGGAGAGGUUCCACUGGAGCUGUCAGCUUUGCUGAUCAAUUGUGCACUGUCGCCGGCGAAUGCUGAAUUAUUACUCAAACACAACAAAGGAAAAACGCUGAAGUCCUUGAUUAAACGCGGGCUCAAAACCAAAGACGCAUUAAUUUUGAAAGCUAUCCGAAAUCUGUCUAUUCAUGAGACGGGCUGCAAAGAAGCCAUGCUGCCGUAUAUUGGAAAUAUUGCGUCCAACUGUCAAUCAACAGACGAGUCUUUUGCCAUUGAAUGUAUCGGAACACUUGCUAACUUGAAUCUGCCUAAUAUCGAUUACAACCUGGUACUUCAAGAAUACGAUCUCGUUACAUGGCUUAAAAAUGCUCUGGAUACGAACACUACUCUUCCGGACGAUAUUGUACUUGAAGCAGUUCUUUUGACUGGCACCGCCGCAAUGGACGAUCAAUGCGCCAAGCUCUUAGGAAAAGAAAACUUUGUACAGAUUCUGAUAGAUUUGUUGAAAGCCAAACAGGAAGACGACGAAAUGGUCUGCCAGAUCGUCUAUGUCUUCUACCAACUUGCCUUUCAUCAAGUCACCCGGGACCAAUUUCUGGCAACGACAGCGCCCGCAUAUCUUGUCGAUCUUAUGCAUGAUUCGAACGCGCAAGUUCGACUCGAAAAAUUCCGGUGGCAUAAUUCGCAAUGGCUGGAAAUGAUUGAGGGGCCACAAGAAGGAGCUCUAGCGUACGAAGAAGAAGAAUAUGGACAUCCGGCAGAUCUGCUUCUUUACGACAACGAUGAGUAUUUCAUGGACGAUGAAGAUCAGCAAAUGCCCCCGGACUUUUAUCCUGAUUUUAGACCCCAGUCGAGAUGGGAAAACUCUGCAGAUCCAGGAUGGUACAAUGACGGAAUGAUGGCCCACGACUACCGAUAA